CUACUCCUUGCCCGAGCGAUUGGAAUUGUGUCAUCUUUCUCGCUGGAAAGAUGACUGGUUGAUAGUUUCCAGUUCACUUGCCCUGAGCCUGGGCGAAGUCGAUACUAUACAAUCGUGGAAUAAGGAUUCAGCCUUUCCUACUUUGUACACUUAUUUUACUGUACGACUGAUGACUUUGUUUCUGCUUCCAGCAUAACUUUUCUUUGUCCAAGUGUGUUAUUUAUCCUCUCUCGCUGUGAAUUUCAGUAACGCUUGAAAGGAGCAUAUAUAUUUACCUGCGAACCUGGCCUGUCCUUAUUAAUCCCAAGCCCAGCUGUGAAUCGUGUGGAUAUGCCAUAUCUGGUCCAUUACCACCAUCGUCAGCAGCAUCGACGGCGCCACUCCUGGCCCUAUUGCGGUGGCGGGACACAGCAUCAGCAGCAGCAGCAACAGUUAAACUGGGCGGCGGUUCAGUCCGCCCAACAACAACAACAACAACUCCUCGAACAGCAGUUCCUGGUCCCCGUUGGAUCAGAAGAUCUACUAGAUGACGAUGCCGCAUCCGCCGGGAUCGCGUCCUCAGCGACACAGACCCAGGCUGCAACAGCAGGAGCAGCACCAAGGCCCCGACGAUGGUGGUCAUCAUGGUGGCAUCCCUCCUCGCGGGGUGCAUCACCAUCACCACCUCGGAGUGGCCAUCUCCAUCUGACCACGACUAGUCCUGGCUCCGACUCUGAAGCAAGCCCGCUCCGAAAGAUGAUGCGCCCGCCGCUGGACAAAGCGAAGUCGCUUUUCGUGACUCCUACCAUUCACCAUCCGGUCGCGGGGGACGAUGUGGUAUUUACGACGUACUGGGUGUCACCGCCGCCGUCGAGUGUGCAGGUUCUUCCGGCAGGAUUGGUGGAGAGUGCUGGACAGGAGGCAGGUCUUUUGGCCAUGCCUGUCGUGGAUUUUGAGAGCGGUGGUGGUGGUGAUGGUGGUGGUUUGUUGCGGGGAAGGAUAAUGCGGAUGGAGGCGCGGAAUCAUCGACGGUGUCAUUCGGAGCAGCCGCGGGCGUGGAAACCGCCGAGUGCGAGCCUGUGGCCGCUGGCGGAGGAGUGAGACUUGGAAUCCGGGGCAGUCUAGAGUGUGGUUGUUUAUUCAUUUCAUGCUGUUGUGUGUUAAUUUUCCUCUUUCUUUUUUUUUUUUGUUU